CGUUUGACGUUUCAAAAGUAAACAAACAUACUUGUUGAGCGAAAUACGCAGAACUUCCCGUCGAUGUUCUGCCCUAAAGUAUUAAAUUCGUUCGUCGAAAAUGUCCGCCUUGCAAUUUCUAGAAUAGCUUGAUAAAAAAUCUCGAAUAAAUCAAAAAGCGUAGUGCAUUCCGUGAAACGUGAAGCUGGAAACAAGCAAUCGCCAUACGGGUCUAAUUGUCAACGCCUUGUGUGCUUCUUUGUUGUGUUGUUGCGAGGCGUCACGGCUUUCUUCCCGUUGCCGUCUUGUGAUAAGAUGAGAAUAUUUGUUGACGGUAUUGAACAUGUAGGACAGAAUUAGUCAUCAGUGUUUCGACAUAGGCUGGAAUUACAUACGGUGUACAACGAUUGUGAAAGCGCGUGCUAAACUGUAACAACUAUUCAUAUUUUAAAAUGUCGUCUGAAAGACGUUUAGUAGACACCGACAGCGAUGAUGAAAACAUCGAGGAUGCAAGAGUUCGUAAUCGUCGCCGUUCACGAAAUGAACCAACGGACUAUAAUAUUCCCGUCACGACUGAAGCAGAUACCGAUCCCGCGUUCAACGUAAAUAGUAGAUCCAAGGAAAAGUCCCAGUAUGAGAGCCUGGACUACGAUCUGUGCGAAAAUGUGCUUUGGCGUCGUGAACAAACGAAGAUAAAGCCAAAAUUCACCGUGCGGAAGGAUUUCUCCCGAUGGGUAAUUUCACUGCAGAUCGGUGUCUGCACGGCGCUCGUAGCGUGCUGCAUCAACAUCGUGAUCGAGGAAGUGUCGCGCCUUAAGUACGGUUUCCUGAAGCAACAAGUGGACGAGAAUGUGCUACGGGGCGAUCUUAGCAUUCCCUACCUAUACUGGUCACUGUUGAAUCUCGUACCGGUCGUCAUUGGAGCCACGCUGGUCGCUUACGUUGAACCAGUUGCUGCCGGCAGUGGCAUCCCACAAGUAAAAUGCUACCUGAACGGUGUGAAAGUACCACGAAUCGUACGGAUCAAAACACUCGCUGUAAAGGCGGUCGGUGUGGCUACAUCCGUAAUCGGUGGACUUGCCGGCGGAAAGGAAGGACCGAUGAUACACAGCGGUGCGGUCAUAGCGGCCGGCAUUUCGCAGGGGAAAAGCACUACCUUUCGGCGGGAUUUGAAGAUUUUGCAGCACUUCCGGGAUGAUCACGAAAAGCGUGACUUUGUGGUGGGAGGUGCGGCAGCCGGUGUGGCGGCAGCUUUCGGCGCACCGAUUGGUGGGAUACUGUUCUCGCUGGAGGAAGCGGCUAGCUUCUGGAACCAGAGUCUCAUCUGGCGUACGUUUUUCGCCUCGAUCAUCAGUUCGUUUACGCUGAACCUUAUCCUGUCGGCGUAUCACGGGGUGAGCAGUUUCCAUUACAGGGGUUUGUUUAAUUUGGGCGAAUUUGCACCGCUGCCGUUUGAGUACUUCGAACUGCCGAUCUUCAUGCUGAUGGGUGUGAUCGGCGGUUGUUUGGGGGCAGUUUGGAAUGCGGCAAACAGCCGGAUAAACAUGUUCCGUGCGCACGCACUACAGCCACGUUGGGCCAAAGUGUUGGAAGCGGCGUUUGUUGCCGUGCUGGGUGCAACGUUUGCUUGUUUGAUGAUAUACACGAUCAAUGACUGCCGUCCGCUCGGAAACGAUCCGACCGAGCAUCCGGUGCAGCUGUUCUGUCAGGAUAAUGAGUAUAAUGCAGCGGCCGCGCUGUGGUUCCAAACGCCCGAGGCAACAGUGAAGGCACUCUUCCACGAUCCACCCGGUUCACACAAGAUCCUUACGCUGGCGGCGUUUGUGCUGAUCUAUUAUCCACUGUCGUGCGUGACGUACGGACUUAGUGUUUCGCUGGGCAUUUUCAUUCCGACGCUGCUGAUUGGGGCGGCCUGGGGACGUUUGAUGGCAUCCUUUACAGUGCUCGCCUUUCCUGCAUCGACCGCAUUUGUGGCACCGGGAAAAUAUGCUCUGAUUGGGGCAGCCGCCCAACUCGGAGGCGUUGUUCGUAUGACGCUGAGUUUAAGCGUUAUUUUGCUGGAAACGACGGGAAACAUUGGAUUCAUCUUACCCAUCAUGCUAACUCUGAUGGCGGCUAAAUGGAGCGGAGACUACUUCAACGAGGGUAUCUACGAUAUUCAGAUUCGCACCUCACGCGUACCUAUGCUACCAUGGCACGUCGAACCGGAGUAUCAGAAUCUUUCGGCCCGGCACGUCAUGGCUCGACCGGUUGUUUGCGUACGGCUGGAGGAGAAAGUUCAAUAUCUGAUGGACAUACUGAAAAACACGUCUCACAAUGGUUUCCCCGUGAUCGAGGAUGGUGAUGAUGGAACGCGUGUUAAUGGACGACUCAUUGGUUUGAUUCUGCGCUCCCAGCUGGUGGUGAUAUUGAAACACAGCUACUACCAGGAAUCGAGCAGCUUCUGGGAAUCAACCGUCAGUAUUGAAGCGUUUCGGGAUGCAUAUCCGCGUUACCCAGCCAUUGAGGAUCUGCACGUCAACGAGCAUAAAAGGAGCGGCAAGUUUUCCGUUAGCAUGGAAAUGUUCAUGAACCCUUCGCCAUACAGCGUGGAGGAGGGUACAUCGGUGCCACGAAUCUUCCAGCUAUUUCGGGCCCUUGGUCUGCGCCAUCUCGUUGUGGUGUCAUCGGAAAAUCGCGUGCGUGGCAUUAUCACGCGCAAGGAUUUCCUGAAGCAUCACUAAUUUCUCUCUACAUAUGUGUAUAUGCCAACUGUGAAUUCGAUCAUUUUGUUGUUUUACUGCGUAAGUGCCCCAUGAAUGGGGUGUAGUUUUACUUUUUCCGAUUAAUGUAGCGUAGGAUGAGGUGUAGGUGUAUACAUUCGAAUGAAGAAGAAUUUCUCAACAACACGUAUGAAGGAGAAUAAUUAAUAGAUUGGAGUGCCUUCAGCUUAAAUGAGCAAGAGCGGGAUAGAGAUAACGGAAUGAGCUUUUGUGAAAGGCGUUUUUAGGCUGUUGUUGUUUACAUGAAAUACCAUACAAAACCAAUGAUAAUUUUGAACCAUCAA